CUGGCCAAGUGGCCUUGUUACUUCGUUUAACUCGUUAUAUCCCCUAACAAAUCUACCACACUGCUAAUUUCUCCCAUUUCCAUCCAGCGACCAAAGACAACUGUAUAAGCAACACACACACACUCACUCAUACAAUUUGUUCCAUUCACUAAUUAGACAGCGUGACUGUGCUGGGUGUUUAUAUUUCUCGAGCCGCAUAAUAUCGGGCGUUUGUUGAACUGCCGCAAACGGACGCCGGGUCGCUGUUAAGGUUAAUGUUUUUGGAUAAUUUAUUUUUAAAAAUAGCGCCCGGUUAGCACGAUCUUGGCACCGUCGCAGAUUGCGCGCCGGGUGACCGGACACCCCCGUACUAAUCACCAGAUGGGAAGAUUGCGCACAUAAUUAUGCACCAAUGCGCCUGCACGCCGGAGUGUUAAUAUGGAUUUGCUGGGUUUAUUCGUCCUGUUUAUUCCCGCUUCCGGCGGCUGCGAGCAACGGUGACGCCGGGAAUUUUAUCCGGACGCCGCAGAGCCAGAUCGUCGGCCUGGCCAACAAGGAUGCCAUAUUGCGCUGUGAUUUCGCCUACCCGGGCGGUCGGCCGGUGUCGCACAUUAUCGAAUGGUCGAAACGCGGUCAAGAUGUGCCGAUCUUUAUCCUGUACCAGGGCUACCCGCCCCACGUCGGCAGUGGCUAUGCCGGGCGGCUGGCGCUGGCGGCCGAGGGCGGGGAGAAGGCGUCACUGCUGGUGCGCAAUGUCCAGCGGGAGGACGAGGGAUGGUACGAGUGUAAAGUGCAAUUGCUCAACCGGCCACCGGAAACGCCGAAGAACGGAAGCUGGGUGUACCUUGUUGUACACGCGCCACCGAAAAUCACCGUUGCUCCGCCGGCGGAGAUCUACGUCAAGCAGAACGACGAAGUAACCUUUAACUGUGAUGCAACCGGCACGCCAAAGCCCAAAAUAACCUGGAUGAAGGAUGGGGAAGCAAUGCAAUUAACGGCCAAGAUCCUGCUAACCGAUAGCGCUUUGACACUGCGCUCCACCGGUCCGGCCGACGUGGGCACUUACGAGUGUGUGGCCAAGAACAGCGAGGGCCGCUCCAGCCGCGCCAGCAAAUUGAUCAUCGCCUCGGGAGCGGUGAUUCUCCGGCCACCGGAGAACAUGACCUACCUGGAAGGGGAACGCGCCAACCUGCACUGUAAAGCGGAAGGCAAACCCAACAACCUCACCUUCCACUGGCUCUUCAGCGACGCGCCCAUCGAGCCCAGCUACUACACGGAGCUGUCGUCGCGGGUGGUCGUGCAGACGGACGGGACGCUGAUCAUCAAUCCCACCAGUAAGACCGACACCGGCAAGUACACCUGCCGCGUCACCAACGGGAUCGAGGAGACACCGCAGGCCAGCGCCUGGCUCAGUAUCGAAUAUCCAGCCCGGAUCACCUACAAUCCAACACUGCAGUACCUUCCUUUGAACCUCUCCGGCAUGAUCCGCUGCUUUGUGGAAGCCAAUCCGCCCGUACAGUUUGUGCAGUGGACCAAGGAUAAUCGCGUUCUGGACAUCAAAGCCCUGCCGGCCGUCACCAGCUUGUCCAACGGAUCGCUCUUCAUCGAGAAGGUGACCAUGGACCAUCAGGGCAUCUACACCUGCACUCCUUAUAAUACCCACGGCACAGGUGGCGCCAGCAUCGAAAUGAACAUCCUCGUCGAAGAACCUCCGGCCUUCGCGAUUAUCCCCAAGCCCUUCUACCAAGGCGAACAGAAAGGCACCGUCACCAUGCUGUGCGCCGCCAAGGAGAUCGCCGGCCGCCCCAGACCCCGUCUGUACUGGCGGCGUGCCGACAGCGCCCCCCUCCCUACGGACCGCACCAGCACCCACGCCGGCAGCCUGACCAUCUUCAACCUGAAGAAAUCCGACCACGGCGCCUACCACUGCGUCCUGGAGAACGACGUGGCCACCCUGAUGGCCAGUAGUUCCCUGAUCAUCGAGAGCACCACGCCCCAUGCCCCGACGAAUCUCACCGUGGACCCCGGACCGUUCAGCGCCGACAUCAGAUGGCAGCCGGCGUAUAGUGGCGGCUUCCAGCAGCACUACGUUAUAUGGUACCGGCAGUUCGGGUCCAGUAGCCGGCAGUGGCGGACGUUGCGGGUGCGGCCGGAUGACGCCACGUCGUUUUCGGUGUAUAACCUGAGUCCGGGGACCAUGUACGAGUUCCAGGUGCUUUCCCGCAACCAGCUGGGGGAUGGUCUGUUCAGUGACCCCAUCGUGGUGCGGACUAUGGAUAUUGACUCGUACGCCACGGUCUUUCCCACGGACGCCAGCGGCUCCACUUACGUCCCGUCGAUCGUCAAGCCGUCGGGCGCCCGUCCCGGCUCCCCGCAGAACGUGCACAUCCACCCCGACACGUCGGGCCGCGGGGUGCGCGUGGUGUGGGAGCCGCCGCACAACACCUCGGUGCCGGUGAUGUACUACAUGCUGGAGUACCGCAAGCAGGGCGAGCAGUGGGGCCGCUCCAGCGACCCCAUCGCCGAGGGCCGCACCUGGCACCACGCCAAGGACAUAAUACCGGGAUCGCCCUACGAGUUCCGGGUCUACGCUUUCACGCUGACUUCCUUCAGUGAACCCAGUGACAUACAGAGUUUUACUUUAAAACAUGAAUUUAGCGGAAAUAUGAGCUCGACCAUCGCCAUAACGGCGGGGAUCGUGGGGGGCGUGGCGUUUUUCGUAUUGUCCAUUGUGAUAAUUUUAUGCUGCAUCAGAUGUUUUAAGCGCAAGCAGAGCAAAGCUCGUUAUGAAGCCAACGGCCACCGUAGCAAUAGUCCGGUUCCGUUAAAGCGUGGAGCUGAUAGAUUCGAAGCGUGGCGAAUAUUACGCAGCAUGAAAUCGCUGCGCGCCACCUGCCAGCAGCUGCUCCUCCCGCGUGGUACCACCCCCUCGCCCUGGCCCCUGGACGACUACGGUGACAUCUACGCCAGCCCCGACACCGUCCUACCGCCGCGGAAACCCCUGCACAAACGCAGCUACUCCGUGCAGAUCCAGUACACCGAACCAAUACACCCCAAGCCCGGCAGCGCCCUGAGCGGCACCAGCAGCGACUGCAUGACCAUCCGCCCCUGUAUACGCGCCCUGCGUCUCCCUCCCGGAACAGCAGCGCCUGGUCGCCGUCCUCCGGCAUCCCGAACCCUAUCCCCACGUCCUGGAUGACCUCCACCGGAA